AUGUACACACUUCCGCUAAUAAAUAUAAUUCUCUCUCUCUCUCUCUCUCUCUCUCUCUCUCUCUCUCUCUCUCUCUCUCUCUCUAAAAAAAUAAUAUAUUUAAUUGAUUGUGGCCCUGGCCGGUUCGCCAUUUGGAGGGAGAUUCGAGCAGCAACGGCAGACAUCAUUGCGAAGGAGCUGGAGGAAAUUUUUUUCGAGCCUGGACCAGUUGAAGAGGUACUCAUGGACAAUGAGGCAGCGUUCCGUUCGGAAGUGUUUCGGUCAAUGUUGGAUAAGUGGAAGACUAGGCAAUAUUAUAGAGCAGCCUACAGGCCUAGUGGAAAUGGUAUCAUAGAACGAAACCACCGAACUAUAAAAGUCAUUGCCGAGAGAGGAGAGAUAUCGCCUGCAGAAGCAGUAUUUUGGUAUAAUAUGUCGCCUAAAUCUGGCCAACGUGAAGACACUGUGCCACACAGAGCAGUUUACUCAUACCGAUGUAGACAUCCUAGAGUUGCACCAUGUUGCUCUGACGGCCCUGAAUCUAUACAGAUUGGAGAGGAGGUUUGGGUCAAGCCAACUGGAGCCCGCUGCACGACAAAAUGGACAAGAGGAAUGGUUACCGGGGCACAGUCGCGCAACAAUGUUGAGGUGGCCGUUUUCUUCUUCUCCUCCUCAUUCUUCUCUUUCUCUUCCUUCUUCUUCUUCUCUUUCUCUUCCUUCUUCUUCUUCUCUUACUCUUCCUUCUUCUUCUUCUCUUUCUCUUCUUUCUUCUUCUCUUUCUCUUCCUUCUUCUUCUUCUCUUUCUCUUCCUUCUUCUUUUUCUCUUAA